CAGCAGUAUCUUUCAUCACAGUAGUUAUCUUCGAGAGCGAUUUUCCUCUUGUUACUAUAUCAAUAAGAACAAAACUAUGUUUUUUAGCAUCGUGCAGUUUUGUUAGGUGGGAAUCUAUCUGUUGAAUCUUUGGAACUUCUACGUACAAUUUUUGCUCCAUCCGCUCGUUUAUUGCUCUACAAUAUGAGUGAUUCAGGCGAAGAUUGGGACCUUGAGAUAUCGUCUGGUAUUUCAAAACCUGCGAAAACCAGAACAACGACACAAAACAAUGGGUUUUCUGGUUCGGAAAGACGUUUAGGACGUGGAAGGGCUAGAUAUACUGGUUAUGAAUGUGCAAAUGGCUCACACCAUCCCGAAGAGAGAGCAAAUCCUUGGAAUACGAGGAAAGAUUUCAAUUCUGGUAACACUAAACAACGUUAUACUAGUAAUGGCUCUGUGGGGACCAAGAAUGAUAGUGAUGGUGUUCUGAGGAUCACUGUAUCAAGUCGAGAUGUUGGUAAAAUUAUAGGAAGAGGAGGCCAAAGCAUCAAGAAUAUUCAAAACAGUUCAGGUGCUCGAGUUUCGAUAGUUAAGGAUGAGUCAGAUGGUAUUGACACACCUAUUGAGAUCAGUGGAAGGCCAGAAGCUCAAACAAAAGCAAAGAAGAUGAUCGAUGAGAUUGUUUCACCGCCUGAGUUAACCAGCAAAAUGGAAGAUGUGAGUUUGAAAACGGACGCAGAGAAUGUCAGACCUCGCAUUGAUUGGAACGAGCUCCGAGCUGCAAGGGAAGAAUAUCUUGCUACAAAAUGGGAAGGUUUGCCAAAAAUCACUAAAGUAUUUUACAAAGAAUGUGAUUCAGUGAAAAGAAGGUCGAAGGAAGAAGUUGAGCAAUUUAGGAAGGAAAAUAAUGGUAUUUCUGCUCAAAAUGUCGGCGAGAAAGUUCAAACAAGAGUGAUUCCGAAACCUGUGCAGACAUUUUCAGAAGCAUUCAAAAAUUAUCCUGACAUUCUCAAAGAGUUAGAGCGAAAUGGCUUUCAAAAACCAACCCCCAUUCAGUGUCAAUCUUGGCCCAUACUUUUGUCUGGUUUGAAUCUCAUCGGUAUAGCACAGACUGGUACGGGGAAAACUUUAGCAUUCUUAUUGCCUGCUUUGGUUCACGUUGAUGGUCAAAGAAAUAACGAACCACCUCCAAAAGGUCCAAACGUUCUUGUACUGUCACCGACACGAGAGCUUGCUCUGCAACUCGAGGCAGAAGUGAACAAGAUGCAUUAUAAAGGGAUUCAAAGCGUUUGUGUCUACGGUGGCUCGGACAGGAAAGCUCAAAUCAGAACAGUAAAAAGUGGUGUUCAAAUUGUUAUUGGGACUCCGGGACGACUGAACGAUCUCAUUAUGAACGAAAUAUUGGAAGUGAAAUCCGUUACUUAUCUGGUCCUUGACGAAGCUGACAGAAUGUUGGACAUGGGUUUUGAACCUGAGAUACGAAAAAUCCUCAUCGAUAUUCGACCAGAUCGUCAAACCGUUAUGACCAGUGCAACAUGGCCGUCAUCCGUUCGACGUUUAGCCCAACAAUAUGUUGACAAUCCUGUUCAAGUAAACGUCGGUUCUCUUGAUCUAGCGGCUUGUCAUACUGUCACACAAAUCAUCGAAAUAAUGGAUGGACAGGAGAAAAAAGAGAGGACUUUAGAGUUCAUAAGUACCAUGGGACCAGAGGAUAAAGUUCUAGUUUUCGUUGGUCGAAAGUCUACAGCUGAUGAUGUCGCCAGUGAUUUUAUACUGAGAGAUGUUUCAGCUGGAGUACAGAGUAUACAUGGUGAUAGAGAACAAUACGAUAGAGAGCAAGCUUUAGAUGAUUUUAAGACCGGCGAAGCUCGGGUCCUCAUCGCUACUGACGUCGCUUCCCGAGGACUUGACAUUAAAGGAGUGACGCAUGUGAUCAACUACGAUUUUCCACGUGCCAUCGAAGACUACGUUCACAGGAUUGGUCGAACGGGAAGAGCGGGGUCAAAAGGAUCAUCAUUGAGUUUUAUUACGCGCGAAGACUGGAAACAAGCUCAAAAUCUGAUUGACAUCCUCGAGGAGGCUAAUCAGGUUGUUCCCGAGGAGUUGCGCAGUAUGGCUGAGAGAUAUGCCGCUUGGUGCGAAAGGAAUGCCGGACGUGAUGAUCGACGGAACGGUGGUGGCGAGUUUAAACGUGGUCAGUCUGGUCAUUUCUCUGGGGAAUUCGCCCAAGAUAGGGGAUCACGUGGUUUUCGAAGGGUUGUCGAGGACGUGGUGGUCGUGGGGAUCACGUCGUGGACGCAAUGACUUCUCAACUGAUUCAGCUAAGAAUUCUGGACUUAAGUUCUCAACUGGACUGCGAGUUGGAGAAUUUGGUUCUGGGUCACGUGAUUUGAGCUCAUCAUCCGUGGUGUCAAAUUGUUGCCCUUGUUUGCAAUUCCCCUCGCUCGCGGGGAUAUCAUUUCGUAAUUCGUCACCAGUCUCUUUGUAACCGUUCACGAUACCUUCCUUAAAUCUUUGCAAGAUGGUCGUCAUAAUUCUGAGGAAAAAGUGAUUGAGGCGUGCAUUAGUACAAGUGCAUUAGAACCAAAGCAUAAGAAAUUUCAGUUUUUGUGUAUAGCAUUUAAGAAAUACACAUUAUUUACAUGGC